CAUGUCACGCCAACACCGCUCAUCACCCAGUCGCGACUCCAACCGCCUCCAUCUCCACAAUACCCCGCCUUUCGAGAGCAACAACAACCUGCCAUACGCCCUCUUCCCCUCAAAGCCACACGAAUACACAUCAGAACGCCGGCCGGUCAAGCAACUCAAACGCCUGAGUCCGAAAGCGUCUCUCGUCAAGUCAACAUCACACCUAAUGGACGUCGACUUGGACGCCCCAUCACCCUGCCAAUCUCAAUCACACGCCGUUUCCGACCUGCGAUCCUGUCACGCCUGCAACAAAGCGCCCAAGCGACGGAAAGAUCUGGAAAAUUACCUCGAUUGCACGAGAUGCGAAGGCCGGACCUGUUUCAUCUGUGCGAGGCAAUGUGUAGGCUGCAGCAAGGCGACAUGCAAGAAGUGCAUAGUAGAAGUCGGAGAAGAGGGGGACGCAUGGUGUCUCGACUGUUAUUCACGGAACCUCAACUCGUGA